CAGAUGUCUACCGGUAUCUAUACCCCAAAGUGGUUCCUGCAGUGCUUCCUCGGCCGGACCCCCUGCUCGCUCACCCUGAAGCUGUGGGAUGUUUACAUGCUGGAUGGGGAGAGGGUGCUCACGGCCAUGGCCUACACCAUCCUCAAGGUGCACAGGAAGCGCCUCCUGAAGCUGCCCCUGGAAGGGCUCCGGGAGUUCCUCCAGGACUCUCUGGCCCAGCCCUGGGCCCUGGAGGACGAGGCGGUGCUCAGACACCUUCGGGCCUCCAUGACCCAGUUCCGGAGGAUGCGGUGCGACCUGCCCCCCCCAGCGGGACCUGAGGAGUUCCCCACGAGGCCUGUGGGCCUGGAGCGAGUGUCCCCAGCGCCCGGGCCUCUCCUCCCUUCUCCGGCCUCUGAGACACCGCCCAGGGUGGAGGAGCCGGCCUCCCCGGGCCCAGCCACCCAGCCUGAGCCACCCGGACCCCCUCCCGGCCAGGCCAUAGUCCAACCUCCCCCCCAGCGAUGGAGCUCCCUCCCCACCCUCCCAGUGCAACAAGACGGUGCAGGCAGGCGGUCCCUGGACAUGGUGGGCUUGAUGACAAAAAACGGGGUCCCCUUCCCUUCGGCACCUGCCUGGGCCACCCCAGAGGCCCCGUGACGGACCAGGCCCUGGAGCACCCCCAGGACUCCCAUCACGGGGUCCCCCCAGCCCCCUAGGGACGACCUGUCGGGUCCAGGACACCCUUCCUGCCCCGCGGCCACUGUAGCUCGUGCCCCUCGCUGGGCAGUGAUGGGCACAGCCAGGGCAGAGCCAGGGCGGAGCUGAGCCCGCUGCCUCGAGGCCCCGCACAGGCCCAGGACCCUCUGCCCUC